GGACGGCAGCGGUGGCAGCCGUGCCCCAGCAUUCUUCAUUUUAUUUCAUUUAUUUAAAAAAACCCCAAAACCUAUUUAUUCUCCCCGGCAUCCUGAAGUUGACUGUCUUCUCAGUCCGCCUGGGAGGGGAGGAGGAGAAGGAAGCGGGCGGGCAGGCAGGGCGAGCGCACAGCAUCCAUCCCGCGGGAAGUAAGCGCCCUGCCGGCGGGCAGUCCGGGAACCGCGGCCCAGCGGGAGCGGAGGAGGAUCCGCGGGACGGGGUCGACCGAGCCCGCGGGGGUUGCAGCCGAAGUCAGGGCUCUGCGCUUCGCCGCUCAGGACGCCUUUGCCGGAGACUUAGGUGGCUUUUUUACCUUGGGGUGCUCUGGAUGAUAGACGCAGAAAGACGCCCAUUGUCAGAGGAAGCAACGGUAGCUGCCCAUUGAUGGAAGGGCUGCCCGUUUGCUCUGAAGGAAGAGAACAUGCUGAAGCAUCUUUUUAAUAUACCUUCCUUUCUGAGCCUCAAAAAAGAUCAUCUAACAUGAUCCUGGGUUGAAAUAACAGAGGUGAAUUUCAGGUGAUUGUUUACUUGGUUCUGCUGUCCUGGCGUUAAGCUGCAGAGCUGACCACUGGAAAGGCACAGUGCAGGAAAACACUCCUGUGCUGCAAUAUUGUUAUUUCACACCUGCCUAAUCAUCUAAGAUGUAUCUCAGCUGAGUGAAGAUUGCAAGACUCUGAGAUGAUUUGACCUGUGAUGGAGGAACGCUUCUGGGAAGUUGCUGGAGGGUUUCAGUACAGGGCACCUGGUGUCUCUGCCCUUACUGAUCGGUGUCAAAGUCCAAAAUGAAUCACACUUGGAUGUACAAUCUGAGCUUUAGUGCACCUACAGAUCCUGUUGAGCCAAAGGCUGGACUUGCAAGAAGUGGGCACAUAAUAGUAGCUGUUUUUCUUGGAUUCAUCUUUGUUUUUGGUUUCUUCAAUAACUUGAUUGUCCUCAUCCUCUUCUGCAAGUUUAAAACCCUCCGUAACCCAGUCAACAUGCUCCUGCUGAACAUCAGUAUCAGUGACAUGUUAGUGUGCAUCUCUGGCACUACCCUUAGUUUUGCAUCUAACAUCCAUGGCAAAUGGAUUGGAGGGGAGCAUGGCUGUAGAUGGUACGGCUUUGUCAACUCCUGCUUUGGCAUUGUGUCCCUGAUCUCUCUGGCUGUCCUGUCCUACGAACGCUACAGCACUCUCACCCUGUGCAACAAGCGCAGCGCUGACUACCAGAAGGCAUUGCUGGCAGUCGGUGGUUCAUGGAUUUACUCCCUGGUCUGGACUGUGCCCCCUCUGAUUGGUUGGAGCAGUUAUGGGGUAGAAGGUGCAGGUACAAGCUGUUCAGUAUGCUGGUCCUCGAAGUCAGCAGAGUCCACAUCCUAUAUCAUCUGUCUCUUCAUAUUCUGCUUGGUCAUCCCUGUGAUGGUCAUGAUGUACUGCUAUGGUCGCCUCCUUUACACUGUUAAACAGGUUGGAAAAAUCCACAAGAAUGCUGCCCGCAGAAGAGAAUACCACGUACUGUUCAUGGUGAUCACUACAGUUAUCUGUUACCUGGUGUGUUGGAUUCCCUAUGGAGUUAUAGCAUUGCUUGCAACAUUUGGUAAACCAGGUGCAGUGACUCCAGUUGCAAGCGUCAUACCUUCCAUCCUAGCAAAAAGCAGUACUGUUUGCAAUCCCAUUAUCUACAUCCUUAUGAAUAAGCAGUUUUACAAAUGCUUUCGUCAGCUUUUCCACUGCCAACCUCCUUCCUCCGCUGAUGGAGAGCCCACCUGCCACUCCAAGGUAACCGUUAUCCAGCUGAAUCAGAGGACGGAUGGUGGAAACGUGUGCAAUAAUCAACCACGUUCAGAGACAGUAAAAUGACUUCUCUCCUGCACCCAGAGCCAAGCCUGGAGCCAGUUUCAAAAGCUCUACCACCAGUCUCUUAGGAAAAUUGGCUCUGUACUGAAAGUACAAGCCUUAACCACAGUGUGUUUCAUUUCACUGCCAUGUUAC